CGCUGUACGUGUGUCGGUUCAAAGAGGAAGGAAGAUGGCGGACAACAAAGGCGAGGAGGAGAUGGACCCGUCCGCUAAUUCGGACCCAGGGCCUACAAUACAGAAAAAUGAACUGUCGGAAAUCAAAACAGAGGCAGAAGCAGAACCCACCUCGAAUGAGAAGGACGAUAUUUGUACGGAGUCCAGUGAAACCACAGAGCAAACGCCUACCCCCGCCAGUGACGGAGGAGACGCUAGCAGCGGAGCUGCUGUUACUGCGGGAGCAGGCACCGAGGGGAACGAGAGCACUAGGAGCACUAGCGGCACCGCUAGCCCGGCUGACACCGCUGCCAGCACCAAUGCAGACCCUGUCGAAACAGAACCUAUCCCCGCCGCCGAGGACGCUCCUGCUGGCGGACUUAGCACUGAAAUGUCUCCACCUCCUACUGCUCCAGCGGCCACACCGGUUCCCGCUCCGAUAAAUUUACUGGAUACGUGCGCUGUGUGUAAACAAAGUCUGCAGAACCGAGACUGUGAGCCUAAACUACUCCCGUGUUUGCACUCGUUCUGUCUAAAGUGUAUCCCGCAGCCGGACAGACAGGUCAGUGUGCAGGUGCCUGGACCACACGGACACACGGACACUCAUAUUGUCAAUGUCAUGCGCUGUUCGGUGUGCUUCCAGGAUUACAAACAACUGGACAUCAUCGACAACUAUUUUGUCAAAGACACGUCUGACGCCACCAGCUCAUCUGAUGAAAAGUCUGCCCAGGUGUGCACGAGUUGUGAGGACAAUGCAGGAACAAUAGGCUUCUGUGUAGAGUGUGGUGAGUGGCUGUGUAAGACAUGUGUAGAGGCUCACCAGAGGGUGAAGAUCACUAAAGACCACACUAUCCGCACCAAAGAGGACGCCAACACAGAGACUGUGGGGACGUCAGGACAGAGACCAGUGUUCUGUCCCAUUCACAAACAGGAGCAUCUGAAGCUGUUCUGUGAGACAUGUGACACACUCACGUGUAGAGAUUGUCAGCUGCUGGAGCACAAGGAGCACAGGUACCAGUUUCUGGAGGAGGCCUUCAUGAAUCAGAAGGGCAUGAUUGAAGCCACAAUGGCCAAGCUUCAAGAAAAAAAGAACUUUGUCCAUUUCACCGUGUCUCAGGUGCAAAGCAGGCUGAAAGAGCUUAAUGAGACGCACAAGAAGGUGGAGCACGAGAUUAAAAUUGCAGUGUUUACUCUGAUAAAUGAAAUCAAUAAGAAGGGGAAGUCCCUGCUGCAGCAGUUAGAGGGUUUGACCAAAGAACGCAGUUUACGUCUAGCAGCCAUGCACAAAGACACCACUCAGCUGGCCCAUCAGAUCCACCAUGUGCUAAACUUCUGUCACUGGGCCAUCACCACUGGCAGCAGCACCGCUCUACUCUACAGCAAGAGACUGAUUCUGUUUCAGCUUCGCCAGCUCUUUAAGGCCAGGGUAGAGCCCCCACCUCAGUCCAAUGGAGUGGUACGCUUCUUCUGUGACCCUACGUUCUGGGCCAAAAAUGUUGUGAAUCUAGGCAAUCUGGUCAUUGAGAAGCCACCCCCAGUGACACAGCCUCAGAAUGUUAUGGUGGGUGGCCCUCCUCUUCCUCCGGGGCAGGUGCACCCGGGGAAACACCCAGGACAGAUCAACCUGGCCCAGCUGAGACUGCAGCACAUGCAGCAGGCUGCCUUUGCCCAGAAACAGCAACACCAGCAACAGCAGCAACAGCAGCAGAUGCAGCAGAUGAGACUGGCCUCACAGAUGUCUCAGCAGCACCCCCGGCCAGGAGGGCCCGCUAUGGUACAACAGCCUCCACGGCUCAUCAGUAUGCAGCAGCUUCCUCGAGGGCCCGGGGGUAUGAACGGUGCCGCGGGGCCCCCCAUGUUCCCCUCCUCCGCUCACCACAUGCGCCUGCCAGGGCCCUCCCAGGGCCGCAUGCCUGCAGCACAGCCCAGACACAACGGACAGCCUUAUCCUCAGAUGAUGCAGGCUCAGCUCCAGAGACAGAUGUCUUUAGAAUCUGAGCUGAGCCACCAAAGGUUUCGUUUCUUACUACAAUCAGGGCACUCAAACCCAGGCCACGCGGGCCCCUUCCCUGUAGCCUCCCUCCAUAACGCUAACCCCACCAGUCCAACCAGCGCCAGUAUGGCUGGAGCACACUCUCACCGUGGCCCGACCAGCCCCAUCCUGGGACCCAUCGAGCUCAUCCCUUCUGUUACCAACCCAGAGAACCUGCCCUGUCUGCCUGAGAUCCCACCCAUCCAGCUUGAGGAUGCAGGCUCCAGUAGCCUGGGGCACCUCCUCUCUCGGUAUAUCCAAAUCAGCACUCACCAAGGCCCAUUGGACAUGAACACAUCACCAGGGUUAUCCACACAUUCCCCGGGAUCAUCAGGGGUUUCCAAUGCCCACACACCAGCACGGCCUUCCAGCACAUCCAGCACGGGCAGCAGGGGCAGCUGUAGCUCAUCUGGGAGAGCGGCAGGCGGCACAGUGGUGGAACAGGUCCGUGUAAAACAGGAGCCUGGCACUGAAGAAGGCUACUCGUGUACAACUUCUCUUAAGACAGAAAGGGGCAAAGAUGGGAGGAGUGCGUGCAUGAUGAGCAGCACUGAAGACAGCUCUCACCCUGUGUUAUCAUCAGUGUCCGCGGGCCAGGAUGCUCUCAGGACUCUGGAUGAGUUGAUAAAGCAAGAGUCACAGUCUCAAAUGUGUGCUGGCCUUAAUGGUUCCACCUCUCUCUCCUCCACUAUGACCACUACCUCAUCGUCCAGCAGCACACCCCUCACCAAUGGCAGCACUGACAAAAAGCCAGAGGGCGGGGCUUCAGCUACCAAUUCAAAGGAGGAUGACCCCAAUGAAGACUGGUGUGCCGUGUGCAUCAACGGAGGAGACCUAAUCUGCUGCGACCGCUGUCCCAAAGUAUUCCAUAUGAGAUGCCAUGUACCCACCAUUAAAAUCUUCCCCAAAGGGGACUUCCUGUGUACGUUCUGCCGGAGUCUAUCAAACCCAGAGAUCCAGUACUGUGAUGAGAAUCGCAAACAGAAGGGGGAGCCAGCUCUCAGUCCUGAGGACCAAAGGAGAUGUGAACGCCUUCUGCUCUACAUCUUCUGUCAUGAGCUCAGUGUAGGCUUCAGGGAGCCAGUCUCUUCUUCAGUACCCAAUUACUACAAGAUCAUAAAACAGCCCAUGGACCUGAAGAAGGUGAAGAAGAGGCUGCAGGGGCGGAGCUCCCAGUUUUACCAGACCACACAGGACUUUGUGUCAGACAUGAGGCUCAUCUUUAAGAACUGCGCACAGUACAAUGAGAUGUCUCGAAUAAUCCAGGUUUAUGAUGAGAAGAAACAGAUUAAUAACCAGGUGGGAUCAGAGAUGGCCAUCUCCGGCAAAGCAGUGAGCCUGUAUUUUGAGGAGAAGUUACUGGAGUUAUUCCCAGGUCAGACUUUCCCUGAUAAUCCUGAACCGGAAACUCUGGAGGAAUCACAAAACCAAGAAGAUUCGGAGGACUCUGACGACGACUUUGUACAACCCAGAAGGAAACGAUUAAAAACGGAUGAGAAGGUGCUCCACAUAAAGUGAGGAGUACACCAAUGACUGUCUUCCUCCCCAUGUUGGAGAUUAACAAAUACAGUGUGUUCUACAGUUUCAGUCCAUAUUUCCUCCAAACGUCAACUCUGCUUUAACGUGAACUUUUGAGGACAUGCAAACAAGAGCUACAGUCAUUCUUCAAGUCACUGUACAGAAGAUCUGAAAGGACUACUCUUUGAAACAUUAAGUUAUAAAAGAAUUCUGUAUUAUUUUCUAUUCAUUUUCAUUUGUAUAUUACUUGUGACAUUUGCCUUAUCAAAAAGAUCUUAAAUGCUUUGUUUCCAGAAUCAUAUGUGUACCACAAAUUACCAGAAGUAUUUGUAUGACUAUGUGGAAGCAUUAUGUAAAUAAGAGAAUCUAGAUCCUGAAGGUAUCUCAAUAGAUGUUUGAAUGCAACAAUAAAACUUGUUGAAAUACA